GCUCAUUGCUGAUUGGCUGUGUAAGCCGGAAGGGCAGACACUUCAGAAACGAUUGUUGGCCUUGGGUGUUGUAGGCUGUUUUGAGUGGUGUAGAUAGGAUCAACAGGUGUGUUCAUCAGUUCUAGGGAAAAUAUAAGAAAGUAGUAGAAUUUAGUAUAUCCUCAGUUAUAGUGUUGUUCAAAAUUUCCAUUCCUUGUACGUAGUUUUCUUGAAUAGCGUCAGUUUUGUCUUAAGAAGGAGUUCGAUACGAACAGAAGUAGACAAAAUGAUUUUGCAGCUUUAUUCUCUGAUUAUAAUGAGCCUUGAUUUCUGCUACAUGGUUUGUAAAGCAUUUGUGAUGUGGGCUUGUAUCUUCUAUCGCACUCUUUUUCCAGCUGAACUGAAAUCCAUCAGUGGAAAAAUUGUCCUGAUAACAGGUGCAGGACGGGGCAUUGGAAGAGAAGUUGCAUUACAGUUUGCACAGCUUGGAUGCACAAUUGUUUGCUGGGAUAUUAAUCUAGAGGCUGCUCAAGAAACUGCCACAGAAGUUGAAGCUAUAGGGGGGAAAGCAAGUGCUUUUCAUUGUGAUGUUUCACAACAAAAAGAUGUAGAAUUAAAAGCUAAACUAGUGAAGAAUGUUGUUCCACAUAUAGACAUUAUUAUCAACAAUGCUGGCAUUAUGCCUUGCCAUCCCUUCCUCAGCCACAGCAUUCAAGAGAUUGAUAGAUGUAUUGACAUCAAUGUGAAAGGUUGCAUCUGGGUUGUCCGCGAGUUUCUUCCAGGUAUGAUAGAGCGUAAGCAAGGUCACCUGGUUUCUAUGUCCUCCAUUGCUGGUGCAAUGGGGUGUGAGAACGUUGUUCCAUAUAGUGCAUCCAAAUUUGCCGUACGAGGAAUGAUGGAAGCAUUGACAGAAGAAAUGCGACGUGACAGCCGCAAUUUAGAUAUAAAAUGCACGACCAUAUGCCCUUUUGUCGUAGACACGGGACUUUGCCAAAGACCGCGCGUGAAAUUUCCAAGUUUCUUGCGUGUUACAAAUGUGAAAGACGCGGCUAGUAUCAUUGUUCGAGCUGUGAGACGUGGAGAUACACUGGUAUUCAUGCCUGAAUAUGUCUAUUACUUCUGGCUUCUCAUCAAGAUAUUACCGUCCCGGGUCUACGAUUACGUGGUAGAUUUUUUUGAUACUGGAUUGGAACCACAUGACGAAUGAAAUAGCCGAAUCUCUAAAAUCAGAUUUUUGAUUUAUCAUACGCUAGUUAGAACUAGCGGUGCUGCUGGUCGCUCACUGUAAUUUUAAUUGUGUGUGUAUUGUGGGUAAUUCAAUUAAUGCGCUAUGGAGCUAAUUACAAAAUUGGACACGGC